AUGACGAUUGCCCAGAAAUCAUAUUAUACCGAAGGUGCAGAUAAAAAUGGUGUCAAAGCUUCUAAAGAAAGAGUCACAAUAUUAAUAUGUGUUGGUAUAAAUGGCAAGAAAAAAGAUCCGCUUGUGAUUGGUAAAAGUAAAAAACCUCGUUCUCUUGCUAAGAUUUUUAUGAUACCAAGAGAUAUAAUAUCGAUUAUAAACAAAAAAGUUCUACUUUUUAUUGAUAACUGUCGACCUCAUCAUGUUUCUGAUCCAACAAAAUAUCGUGACAUAAAAAUUGUCUAUUUACCUGUCAACACUACUAGCCAUUGUCAACCCUUGGAUGCCGGGAUUAUUAACGCAUUUAAACACCACUAUUUCAGUGAUCUUAAUUGUGUUCUGGCAACUCUCAUUCCAACAGGUAAAACAAUUGAUGAUUUAACUAAAACAAUUACAUUGAGAGAAGCUAUUGAAUGGAUUCAACAAGCUUUGGAAAAAGUUACUCAAUCAACAAUAAUUAACUGUUUUACCAAAUGUCACUUUUAUCCAUGUAAUUAA